AUGACUCCAUACAGGAGUACAGGAGUAGCUCCAUCUACACCUCCAUACAGGUGCGAUGGUUGCCUACAAAAAUCCCAAUCAAUUGUUGAACUGGAGCGCCGUAUUUCCAACCUCUAUUGGAUCCGGGAUGAGGAAAAACUGCUAGACUCUGUGACCACACUGGGCGCAGGUCCCCCUGUCAACGCGUCUGAGUUGGACUCCACCAUCCCGCUGACACACGCUGCUCCGCCGGCUACGGUGAGACCCGCGGAUGCCUCUGUUUUCCAACCGGCUCCCGGCCCCGGAGGUGCCUCUGCCGCAGCCGGGCUGGCUGUCGCGGUUCCGCCGUCGCUUCCCCAGCCCAUCGACCACUGGCACUCGCUGGGUGCUAAGCCCAAGCUCUUGCCUGCUACAGCACUGGAUUUUACACCAAACCCGAGGCACAGAGCACUCAGCUCUACUCCGCGGCAUCAGCCCUGGCAGUCUGUGGCAGGUAGCAGGAGGGCACACAGAACCAGCCCACAGCCCACCUGUGAACUCCACCUGUCCAACAGGUACGAAGCCCUCAGCCUGCAGGAUUUCCCUCCCCUGGGAGCGCGGUCCAGCUCGCCGCCGGGUCCUGUCCACCCAGCUGGCCGUGGCUCUGGUCAGCCUAGGAGCCAGGGGCUGUGUGUUCAGUCCGGUCCCUCCUCUCCAUCUGGGCCGGGAACAACCGCGGCCCGAUGCCGCCAACCCCGGGUACCAUCCCGCCAGCGGCGCAACUCCCAGCGACGCAACUCCCGGCAGCCGGCGGAGCAGCGCACCCCCUCCGUGCUGGUCGUCGGGACCUCGAUGGUCAGGCACGUGAGGGUACACGGUGGCCGGACCUUCUGCCGCCUUGGAGCCCGCAUCAAGGAGGUUGAGUCUUCUGCCCUUCAGAUGUGUGCUCAGCACAGCUCAGCCUCUACACUGGUUCUGGAUGCCGGGAUCGGCGACAUCAAAGACCAACAGUCUGAGACCCUCAAGCGCGACUUCAUAUCCAUGGUGGACCACAUGCUGGAUACAGGGAAGCGACUUAUAAUAUCCGGCCCACUUCCCCCGCCGCGUUAUGGCGAUGUCACCACCAGUCGCCUCCGCCAGCUGCACCUGUGGCUCAAGGGCUUCUGUCUGGGGAGAAGUAUCCCAUAUGUGGACAAUUUUAUUGCUUUUUUAAACAGACCCCACCUUUUUAAAUCUGACGGCCUUCACCCGAACCAGGAGGGGUCAAGGCUUUUAUCAGUAAAUAUUGACCUGACGCUCCGGUCCUGCACAACCACCUCCUGA